AUGGGAGUAGCUCAAAUUCGAAAUGAGUUGCAGAGACAUAAGGAUCGGAGAAUCCCGGCGUCGACUGCAUUUGAUGAGUCUUGUUUGCAUCAGACGGUGCAUGCACAAAUGGGACCAAGUUUGGAGGAAGUGAGACUCCCAACAGUUAAACUGCCUACCUUCAGCGGGAAAUUUAUUGAGUGGCCGGUGUUCAAGGAGGUGUUUUUAACAAGAGUACACCACUGUGACAAGCUGACGGACUUACAUCGUUUUCUUUAUUUGAAGGAUUCAUUGGUUGGAGACGCAGCUAAGGAUAUUGAACAUCUAACGCUAAUAGCGGCGAACUAUGAAGUAGCUUUGACAAUGUUGAUGAAUUUGUAUGAUAACAAGCGACUGUUUUUAUAUUACAUGGAUGUGUUCGAUCAGCAAUUACCAAUAAAAUAUGGAGAUGCGGAAAGUUUGAGAGGAUUUGUGCAAACUUCCCGCUCAUGUGUGAAUUCAUUGGAUGAGACUAGUGUGGAUGUGCGACAACAGUCAGAAAUUUUAGUGUAUUACAUGAUGAAGAGAUUACCGAAUCAAUUAAGAGUGGAUUGGGAGCUCAACGCAGAAUCUGCCGAGCUUUGA